GUUUAUAAAAGCCGUUGUCUCCCCUCGAAGCCUAGGACACCGAUCUUAACCUGAACCUGAGAUCUCAGCAGGGACAAUGGCGAACAUCGGUAACACCGAGAACAUCAAAGUGGGCUCCAACUCAGGGAGCAUUGGUUCUGGUAACACCAUCGGCGUUACAGGAUGUGUUGGGCCCAACGCUGCUGUGGGCAACACCGCUGGCAUCUCCGUCGGAUGUAAUAAAGGAAGCAUUGGAUCAGGCAACUCAUGUGAUGUCACAGUUGGAGGGGCAGGUGGUGCGAGGGUCGGCAACACUUCUAACGUGAGCGCUUGUAAUAACUCAGGAUCCAUUGGUUCAGGGAAUCGCAUCAACAUGAGCUAAGGAAAUCAGCCUCCGACUCUUCU